AUGGAUGUGCUUCAUGUGAUCGAGAGCAUCUUCAAUAAGGCGGACUACGCCAUCAUCGGGCUCUUGGCAGCACUGGUCGUCGCCGUCGUCUUCACACCGAUGUUCAGGACUGUGGACAGCCUUCCUGGACGAUGUGCCACACUGGGAGUCUCCCUGUACUUCUACGUUAGAUGGCAGGUAGACGUUUCGAGGAUCCCCAUGAAGACGGACCACCCUUCAGACGCUGACAAGAUCGAGUUCUUCCGCAUGACGCGGAACGUGUACAUGCUCUUCUCGGGCAUUGUUCUAUCCCUUUUUAGCUUCACCGUCGCGCGGCUUCGAGGCCGGAUUGAGGAGCUCGAAGGUGCUGGAGAAGCGAAGCCUCACGGCGACUGA